UGCGGCUGUCGGGAUGUAAGGAGGAAUGGCGACGGUCGAGACGGUUUUGGAGGCCAGAGUCGACCUGAAUUUGACCAAACAGAAGCCGAACACAGAUUUGAAUCCCUCCACUUCCAACUAGUUAUAGAGUCCCAAUAUGGAAACUGAACUAACAGUGUCCUCUACAGUGAGCGUGGUCUCAUCCUCCGCUCCCCAGACUUCGCCCGCUCAGGCCAACCUGGCAGCAAAGCAGAGAGACUGCAGAAAAACCACAUCUGCAACCCCGGCCUUCCUCUCCAACCUGGGGAAGGCCACCCUGCGGGGGAUUCGCAAGUGUCCGCAAUGUGGCGUCUACAACGGCACCCGUGGGCUCAGCUGCAAAAACAAAGCAUGUGGGAUUUCCCUCAGAAAUGCUUCUUCAACAGCGGUCAGGAGCAGCAAGAAAUGUGCGGUGGAGGUGGUGAAAGUGAUAAUAGACAGUGAGGAGAGGGUGGGGAAAGAGCGUGAGGGUGGAGAAGGAGUCCUGGCUGGCUGCUCAGGUGGAGGAGUGCAGGUGUUUUCAGUGUGUCAUAGAGGAAGAGGAGCCACAGCGACGCAUUUGGGCUUUGUAGAACUCGUCCCCACUGAUACGGCUAUAGCGACAGGUGACGGCGCCACCCUGCUAACCCGCAUCAACCUGGGACGCUGCUUUUUGCCGUCAUGCAGGCAGGGUCAAAGGGCAAACCAGGGCGAGACCGAAUCAACGGUGGCCAGUUCAAAACAGUCCUCCGACAGCCUCUGCAUCCACAUCAAGCAGGCGAUAGAGUGUCGGAGCCGUGCGACGCCGCUGACCUUGAAGAGCUCCGUCCUGGAGGGUUUGCAGGCCUCUAUUCAAGCCAGGGAGGAGCUGUGGAGGCUGGCCACAGAGUCUCCAGGCCCCCUGGUGCAGCGCGUUGCAAAAGACACACUGGUGGUGAAGUGCCACACAGAUUCCCAGCAUCCUCUGGGGCUUCUGCAUCUCACUGUAGGUGCAGGUGGACUGCCUGAGGUUUUAAAGAGCGAGAAAAGGUGCAGAGAGCAGCAGCACGCCGUCUUUCACUGUGCCUGUCAGGUCAGCAGCAGCCGGAGAAGUAAACCUGGUGUUGAUGGAGCAGGUGGAGCAUCCGCCAACUCUCAUCCUCCACCUCCCAGCUCGGUCACGUCACAGCCCUGCCUUCACUUCUACGCCUGUGUGUGUGCCUUUGCAAGCGACGAGAAACUGGCGUCAGAGUUUGCUGCUUUCAUCAACUACACCCCCAGUGGUGUGCAGCAAAACGCCACCAGUAGAGUGAUUAGUCCCAGUGAGAAGCCUCUGCAGCAGGCCGAACCCGUCAACUCGCUUCAUAAAACUAAGAAACUUCGCCUGGAUGAAUCUCUCUCUGCCCCCUCAGUGGCCUCUCUCUCUGGGGUGGGGAAGGAGGGCGUGUCAGCCUCCCGUCUGAGGAAAGCUGGUCAGAGGAAAGCCCCCGGUGCUGGUGGGCUGAAGCCUCCAGGGAGUACGCAGGUUGUGGAUGAGCGUACGGUCAUGAUGGGCUUCCAGCUGUGGCUGGCCAGCGUCACAGAGAGGAUCCACCAGACAAUGCACUACCAGUUUAAUGGAAAACCAAAACCUCUGGUGUACCACAUCCCCCAGGAGUUCUUCAACGCUCUGCAGCAUCGUCUGUCGCUGGGCUCCAAGAAGAGGAGGCUGCCCAACUUCACAACAGCCUUUGUAAAGAAUGAUGGACUUCCUCUCGGCUCUUUCUCCAAAUACACCUGGCACAUCACCAAUCUCAUGCAGGUCAAACGCAUCUUCGACACCUCAGAGUUGCCUCUAGAGGUCUCUCAGAGUUUUGUAAAAAACGUUGAUGGCUCUUAUUCACGCUUUCGCUGCCCUGAGCCUCCGCCUGAACCAGAACUACCCGAUGGAUACAGGACAGAUCGGCCGCAGGCUAUACGACCGAUGGAGCUCCGCACUUUCCUCAAAGUUGGACCAGCGGAUCAGAAGGAGGCCAGUCCGUUUGUGAUCGAGUGGAUCCCGGACGUUCUCCCUCGCUGUCAGAUGGGAGAGCUCAGGAUCAGCUUUGAAUUUGGCCACCAGCAGAGCGGUCAGCCGGGAGAACUGUGACAAAACAAAUACGGCAGAGAAAGGAGGUCGUAACAAGUCGGACUCAACCCAAUCCAAACACAUAAAGGCUGUUGAAAUCCUUCAAGUGGUUGUCUAAUGAUCAACACCGGCAAUAACCAGUUUUAACUGCCUUUCUGGGAUACCAGAUAUUAAUUAAUAUGAUUUGUUGACAUAUACAGUAAGUGACUUACCCCAUAUAUUUUUGUUAUAUUAUCCAAGGUAUGGAUAAUCAAUUGCCAUAUGAAUAACAAAGUAUAAUAUUUAUCAGCAGUAUUUUUAGACAGUCUAGUCUGUAGUGGAGCACUUAUCAUAAUGCCUUUCACUUAAUGCUAAAAAAAUCAUAAUAUCAAACUCACAGAAAAUCAAAAAAAGUAUAUUUUAUAUAUUAUAUUUUUUAAAGCACAUGACCUAAACAUGUUUUACUCAAUACGAAGUAUACAACCAGAAAGAAAUAUUUUUCUUUCUUUCUUUUUAUAUUUUCGUGAAAUCGGUCAGUGUUUUCUCACAACAGGUAAAAGUGCUGCUUCCAUUGGAAAACUAAGUCUAACUUGUAAAAGGUUGUAUGUGUUAAAACUCCUAAUGAAGGAUUUUUGUUUUGCUAUGUAAAACAUAAAGAAAAUAAAACACA